CUUUCUUUUUCUAGUGAUUUCUCAAAAAGACCCAUAAUUGAAAACUUACAUCGAAAUAGAAGGCAUAUAGUUAGUCAAGUACCUUUGCUCACCACUUUCGACAAGCAAACUAAUGUGUGUGCUCUGGCGUUAUUGACAGCUAGCGUUCAUCUCUUAGCGGGAAUUAACGUGUGCAUAGGCAUGACCCAUAGAAGCAAAUUUUGAGCAAAAGAUGAUCAUGCAAAAGGAGAGUCCUCCCAGACGGCGUCGUUUUGGACAUAUUCAUAGACAUGUGUGGCUUGCUUUCUUGCUUCUUCUUAUCAUACAGCUUUCAAUGCCAGCGACUGCUCAGACGAUGGCGCCGGAAAUGGAGCCGGAUAGUAAUAAAUCCGUGGCCACCAUCAUGGGGAUUGUGGCCCUUAUGUUCCUUGUUUCAGGUUUUCUUUCCCUCUACUCCGGCAAAUGCACUGAACGCCAAGCAGGCAGGCUCACCCUAGCUCACGCCGCCGCGGGCGGCAGCGGCCACCGGCAACUAAACGAGCUCUCCAACGGCCUCAACCAAGAAGUCAUCGACACAUUCCCCACCUUCCUCUACUCUCACGUGAAAUGCCUCAAGAUCGGCAAAGGCACACUCGCCUGCGCCGUGUGCCUUAACGAGUUCGAAGAUGACGAAACCCUCCGCCUGAUCCCCAUCUGCAACCACGUCUACCACCACAGCUGCAUCGACCUUUGGCUCGCUUCCCACUCCACCUGCCCCGUCUGCCGCGCUAGCCUUCUCCCAAUAACACCCGACGACACCGCCACCAACCUCCCUCCUCCCACCGUCUCCAUCCUAAUGCCGGAAGAUCAAGAAGAAGAGAACUCCCUAAACGAGGAACAAGAGAGAGACUCAGAAAAUGACAACCAGAAAAGUAGUGAUCACAGCUACACUGAACCGCUUCGCCGGUGUCGCACGACCAGCCAUCCUAUACGGUCACGGUCGACCGGGUUCUUGUCAUCACUGCUGUCUCCGGUCGACCGUAACCGUCACUCGGUGGUGGUGCAACCUGGUGAAGAUUGCGAGAGGUUCACGCUGAGGUUGCCGGAUGAGGUUCGGAGCCAGAUGCUGAGUUCCACGGCACUGAAGCGUGCGAAAAGCUGCGUGAGCUUCACGAGGAUGAGUAGUGGCACGUGGGGUUAUAGGACUAGAAGUGUUGGGAGGUUUGGGAGUGAUCAUGAGCAGUGGGGGUGCACUCUGACGCCGCCGAAUUUCGGUUGGAAUUGGAAUAGGUCGGUGAAGAAAUCUCCGGCGCGGUGUUCCGGGGUGGCUAAGGACAGUGAAGCCGGCGAGCGGUCCUCUGAUUUCCUGUGUCCUCCGUAGAUAAAUAUGAUAUAGGCAUAGGAUAGCUCUAUGUGUUUCUUUAUAAUUAUAUAUGUUUAAUAUUAUUUGUGCACUUAUCUUGAUUUGUGUUAUGCGUGUAUUUUAUUUUAUGAUACUUUGUGAUACAUAUAAACACAAUUACUCAUAUUUGUGACACUCGAUUAUUCAUUCA